UCAGCUAAUGGGCAUUUGCCACGUACGCUCAGAACACCAUAAACCAGCCCAAAGUUCAAUCUUGUUAAGCGCCCACUGUGUUUAUCUGCCCAAACAAAACAAUCCCAACAUUUGGAUUGGAUAUGCAGCAAAUAAAACAAUGGUGAAAGCUCAUUGCAUGUUAUUACAGUGAAAGAAAUUAAGAGUAGCAUUGUAGUUUCCUCAAUAUUGUGUUGGCAAUAUCGCCAAACUUUUUCGUUUACUUUCUUCUUCGGUCCCUCCUAAGAUCUUUACCAAACAAACAAACAAAAAAAAAAACCCUGAAAUUGAACAUUUGUUUUAGCUCAAGUUUUGCAUGAACUUAUCGAUUCUUAUCUGAAAUUUGUUUUACUUGUAUUUUAUUCUUUUUCAUUCUUUAGGCAAACGAAGUUCCCAAAAAUUUUCCUUUCUGCUGUUUUAAAGAGUGUUUAUUGUUUACUUCAUUUUAAUUUUUUGGUAUUGUUGAGUGUAAAUGGCCAAUGCAUCUGGGUUUUUCACGCCUUCAGUUCCAAGGCUGAGGAGCAAGGUUCAGCCUUCAAUAGGAGUUUCUCGAUCUGGGUUUUGCUUCUCUGGUGGAAUCUCGAGGAGGGUAGUGUGCUCAAGUGCCAUUGAAGGUGCAGAGAAGCAUGUUUCCCCUUCUGAAUCUCGAAUGCCCAAGCUUGUCAGUAAAGGCUGUAAGUUAGUUGGCUGCGGGUCAGCAGUGCCAUCUCUUUCAGUUUCCAAUGAUGAUCUUUCGAAAAUAGUUGAUACAUCUGAUGAAUGGAUCUCUGUCCGCACUGGAAUACGAAAUCGACGGGUAAUGUCAGGAAAGGAAAGUUUGAAAAAGCUAGCAGUUGAAGCGGCACGGAAAGCUCUUGAAAUGGCAGAUUUUGAUCCUAACGAUCUUGACCUAAUCUUGAUGUGCACAUCUACUCCAGAAGAUAUUUUUGGUUCUGCUCCACAGAUCCAAAGAGAGCUUGGCUGCAGAAAUUCUCCUUUAGCUUAUGAUAUUACAGCUGCUUGUAGCGGAUUUGUGCUGGGUCUGAUCUCGGCUGCUAGUCACAUUAGGGGAGGUGGGUUUCGUAAUGUGUUGGUGAUCGGUGCUGAUGGUCUUUCUCGAUUUGUUGAUUGGACUGAUAGAGGGACAUGUAUCCUCUUUGGGGAUGCAGCAGGUGCUGUACUAGUUCAGGCCUGCGAUGCUGAGGAGGAUGGUUUAUUAAGCUUUGACUUGCAUAGUGAUGGUGAGGGUGGAAGACAUCUUGGUGCCCCCAUAAAUGAUAAUGAAACUGAUGAGCUGUUGGGUUCAAAUGGUUCAGCAUUAGAUUUCCCUCCAAAAAAGUCCUCUUAUUCCUGCAUACAGAUGAAUGGCAAAGAAGUUUUUCGCUUUGCUGUGCGAUGUGUACCGCAAUCGAUCGAGUCUGCCUUGGAAAAAGCUGGUCUUGUUUCAGGCAAUGUUGACUGGUUAUUGCUCCAUCAGGCAAACCAGAGGAUUAUCGAUGCAGUCGCAACACGGUUAGACUUCCCCCAGGAAAAAGUCAUAUCAAAUUUGGCGAAUUAUGGUAAUACGAGUGCCGCAUCUAUUCCUUUGGCAUUGGAUGAAGCCGUCCGAAGCGGAAAGGUGAAGCCAGGCCAUACAAUUGCAGCUGCAGGUUUUGGUGCAGGUUUAACAUGGGGUUCUGCAAUUAUUAGAUGGGGAUGAAAGAUUACCCUUGAGCCAAAUUAACCAUGUUUGAAAGAAGAGAAAUUCUUAUGAACAGCUCUCCAGUUCCAGCAUUCUGAUCCAAAAAUACACAGAUAAUGGGAGUUAGCAAUCACAUAAUCUCCAUCAGCUCCAUUAUUGUUUCUUCGAAAUCUGCUACAUUUUAGUUGUUUCACUUCGAAUAAAUUUGUGUUUUAUUUCUUUCCCUUAAAAGGCUUUUUAACUUUUUCAGCCCUCUUGACUCACAGUACUGUAAUAGUGACCCCUUGUCCCCUUUUACCUCCUUGAUUCAUUCGUGAGAGCAGAAACAAUGUUAUUCUGAUUCCGGAGAGAUCCGGGCAUUUAUUAGACAUAAGUAUGUUCGAUUUUUCAAA